AUGCACAUCGGUGCUGGUAAAGCCGAUGAGAGCUGGUUACUCUGUCACAGCAUUGUGUUCACUGACACCAGGUUUAAGGGGUCCAGCCUUAAGGUGCUUGGAGAUUUUGCAAUGGACAAAGAUGGUGAUGCUGCAGAUGAGAUCGGACCUUGGGGUGGGGAUGGAGGAACAUCUUUCGACAUCCCAAAGCCACCUCGCUCUCUUCAAACUGUGACAAUUCGAUGUGGUGAUGCAAUCAACUCGAUUGCGUUUACCUACACUAACCGUGCCGGUCAGAAGAGAACUGCUGGACCAUGGGGUGGUGAUGGUCCACUUACUGCGACGAUCACGCUUGCUCCAUUCGAGUCUAUAAAGCAAGUUCUUGGAACAACUGAUAUAGUUGGAGGAGAGACCGUUGUUACCUCACUUACUUUUAUCAGCAACGCUAGGACUUACGGGCCUUUUGGAGAAACGAAAGGUUCUGCGUUCAGCAGCCAGAUUCCAGGGAAUAAACCCGUGGCAGGAUUCCAUGCACGUGCUGGGGCAUCAGUUAAUGCACUUGGAGUUUACAUCGCCUGA